ACUCCAGGUCCCGGAGGCUGCAGAGCCCAGAGGCAGAGGGAGAGCGAGAGGCUCCUGCGCCAGCUCUCCGCCGCGGGUGCCCACCAUGGAAGUGCAGUGAGGUUGCUCAGGAGCAAACUUCGGUUCCCCAGGCUCGGAAAGUUUCCUAUGUGACCCACUCCUGUGCCAACAUGAAAGACGACUUUGCAGAAGAGGAGGAGGUGCAGUCCUUCGGUUACAAGAGAUUUGGUAUUCAGGAGGGAACUCAAUGUACCAAAUGUAAAAAUAACUGGGCACUGAAGUUCUCCAUCAUAUUACUAUAUAUUUUGUGUGCCUUGCUAACAAUAACAGUAGCCAUUCUGGGAUACAAAGUUGUAGAAAAAAUGGACAACGUUACAGGUGGCAUGGAGACAUCCCACAGAAGAUACGCUGAGAAACUCUCAGAAGUGGAGAGUGACCUGAAGAAAUUAGAUGACCAAACUGGACAAAAAGAUAUGAGCACUAACAAAGAACUUUCUAGCUUCAGAUCUGACAUACUGGCUCUUCGCCAGCAGCUUCAGGAGAUUGCAGAGAAAACCACCAAAAACAAGGAUACACUGGAGAAGCUACAAGAUUCUGGAAAUGUAUUAGAUGACAGGCAGAGCCAAAUGAAAGGUGUCUUGGAUAGCAACUCUUUCAUGAUCAUCAGCGUCAAUAAAACUCUCCAAGCAUACACUGGCUAUAUCAACAAUCUCCAACAAGACACAAGUAAUAUCCAAACAAAUUUGCAAAGCCAAAUGCAUUCUCAUAAUGUGGUCAUCAUGAAUCUAAACAACUUAAAUCUGACACAAGUUCAGCAAAGAAAUCUUAUUAGUGUUUUGCAGAGGUCUGUGGAUGAUACAAGUCAGGCUAUCCAAAGAAUCAAGAAUGACUUUCAAAAUCUGCAACAGGUUGUCCUUCAAGCACGAAAGGACACUGAUUGGCUUAAGGAGAAAGUGCAGAAUUUACAGAUGUUAGCAGUCAACAACUCAGCAUUGGCCAAAGCUAAUAAUGAUACACUUGAAGACAUGAACAGUCAACUUAGCUCAUUCAGUGGACAAAUGGAGAACAUUACCACAGUUGCACAAGCCAAUGAACAAAAUCUUAAGGAUCUGCAGGAGCAUCAUAAAGAUUAUGCAAACAGAACUUCUGCCAAGUUUAACCAGCUAGAAGAGCGCUUUCAGCUCUUUGAGACAGAUAUAGUCAAUAUCAUUAGCAACAUCAGCUAUACUGCGCAUCACCUGCGGACACUGACUAGCAAUCUCAAUGAGGUUAGGACAACUUGUACAGACACCUUAAGUAAACACACAGAUGACCUGACUUUUAUGAAUAACACACUAGCCAAUAUUCGUUUAGAUUCUACAUCUCUCAGGAUGCAACAGGAUGUGAUGAGAUCAAGAUUAGAUAUUGAAGUUGCAAAUUUAUCACUAAUUAUGGAAGAAAUGAAGAUGGUAGAUUCCAAACAUGGCCAGCUUAUCAAGAACUUCACAAUACUGCAAGGCCCUCCAGGUCCAAGGGGACCUAAAGGUGAGAGGGGACCCCAAGGGCCUUUUGGUCUCACUGGCCUAAAAGGGCAAAAAGGAGAAAAAGGUGAGCCAGGGCCACCAGGACCUGCUGGUGAAAAGGGCCCAGUUGGGCCAAUCGGGCCACCAGGAGAAAAAGGUGGAAAAGGUUCAAGAGGAUCACCUGGCUCCAAAGGUCAGAGAGGUUCUACUGGCAAGACUGGUCUGCCAGGACCUAAUGGAGACCCUGGACCACCAGGACCACCUGGCAAAGAUGGUCCUCCAGGUCCACCAGGUCCACCUGGAUUUCAAGGUUUGCAAGGAACUGUUGGCGAGCCUGGGGUACCUGGACCUCGAGGAUUGCCUGGUCUGCCUGGCAUACCAGGGCUGCCUGGGCCGCCUGGACCGCCUGGGCCACCAGGUCCAGGGAUGCCUCUUGCACUGAAAAGUGAGCCAACAUCAAUACCUGAGGCUAACGGUUGUUCUGCUCAUUGGAAGAACUUUACAGAAAAAUGCUACUACUUUUCAUCUGAAAGAGAAGUUUUUGAAGAUGCAAAAGUUUUCUGUGACGAGAAGUCCUCACAUCUGGUUAUCAUAAACAAUAAAGAGGAGCAGCAAUGGAUAAAAAGACAGAUUGCUGGGAAAGGCAACUUCUGGAUUGGGCUCACAGAUUCAGAGCAAGAGAAUGAGUGGAGAUGGCUGGAUGGAACCUUACCAGAGUACACAAACUGGAAAAGUGGGCAGCCUGAUAACUGGAGUACUGGGCAAGGGCCGGGGGAAGAUUGUGCUGGAUUAAUCUCUGCUGGGCUCUGGAAUGACUUUCAAUGUGAAGAUGUUAACAGUUUUAUUUGUGAAAAAGACAUGGACAAAGCCUAGACACUUGGAUUGUAAUAGGCUGUGAAUUUACAGACACAAAUACAAAUUAC